AUGUGUGCCCAGAGCCAGCUGACCGCUACGCUCCUGACCUCCAUCGUGGCAGCGGUCUUUGGCUCUUUGCAAAUUGGAUAUCACACAGGGAAUGUCAACGCUCCAGCCAGGAUCAUUGAGGAGUUCUUCAAUAUGACGUGGAGGUCUCGACACAAUGAGUCCAUGCCUGACCACAGUCUUACAUUUCUGUGGUCACUCUCUGUCAGCAUCAAAGACUUUGGAGCCCUCCUGGGGUCACUUGGGGUCAAAGGUCUAGCAGACUCUUUUGGAAGACGGAAUUCCAUCCUGAUUGUGAACGUCUUGUCCAUCGUAAGUGCCUGUUUGAUGUCCGCUAGCAAGAGCCUGGAGUCCUUUGAGGUGCUCAUCAUGGGCCGGCUGAUCUUCGGUUUAUUCUGUGGGCUUGCCAUGAGCCUCAACCCCCUCUACAUCCAGGGAGUCUCUCCCACCAACCUGCGUGGGGCAUUUGCCACACUGAACCAGGUCUCCUUUGCUUCAGGCAUUCUGUUGGGCAUGGUGGUCGGCUUGGAGACCGCACUGGGUACAGAGGAGAGCUGGGCCAUCAUGUUGUCCUUGUCGCUCAUCCCUGCGGUGUUGCAGUACCUGACCCUUCCGUUCUGUCCAGAGAGCCCCCGCUACCUGCUCAUCAACCAGGGCAAGGAGGAGCAGGCAGAGAGGGCAUUGCAGAGACUCCGGGGCAAUCCUGACACAGUGUUGCAGGAAAUACAGGAAAUGAAAGAGGAGGCCACACACAGCCAAUCCAGUGUCACCAUCAGAGAGUUCCUAACAAAGAAGCGUUACAGGCAGCCAAUCAAACUUGUUCUGAUUAUCAAUUUGGGCAGUCAGUUGUCUGGUUUCAAUGCAAUUAUAAAUUAUUCAACAAAAAUGUUUGCCAAGUCAAAAUUUGAUGAGGCGAAAUAUCUGACGCUGGGGGUUGGGGCUGUCAAUGUGGCAUUCACCAUAGUCGCUUUUUUCUUGGUGGAGAGAGCCGGUCGCAGGAAGUUGCUUCUGACUGGCUUCCUGUCUUUGGCACUAUGCAAUAUGCUGAUGACCGUUACGGAUUCCAUCCUGCACAUUGUGCCGGAUGUGCGGAACCUACACGUCUUCGUGGUGUUUUGUCUUAUCUCCGCGUAUGAGGUGGGGCCAGGACCCAUUUCUUGGUUCAUUGCUGCUGAACUCUUUGACCAGUCAGCCCGCCCCAUGGCCAUGGCCUUCACCAGUAUGCUCAAUUGGGGCGGGAAGUUUUUGCUGGCAUUGCUCUUCCCUCCACUGCUCAAACUUUGUGGACCUUAUGUAUACCUUCUUUUUAUGACAAUUGCCAUCGUGUCAUUCACCUACACCAUGUUCCGUCUGCCCGAGACCCGCGGGCGUACGUUUGAAGACAUCGCAGCAGAAUUCCGUGGGGCAGAGGGCAUACCGCUACAUAACAAGACCACCUUCAACACGUUCAGCACUUGA